GGUAACGUGGUGUUCGCAUGGUAAAGUGACGACACAUCCAUAAUCUCUAUUGCCAGCCUCCAUGAACCGCCAUGGCUGUGAAAAAACUGUUCUAUUUGAAUCAACGGAGUUGACGUGACUCUCACUCUGACUGCAGCCAGACACCAGAGGGCGACCGAAUUGCAUUGGCUUCUCCCUUCUGGUCGUAUGCUACACGCCUGAGGAAAUACAGACGAAAGGGGAAGUAACUUUUAUUUUGAAACGCUUUUAUUUUGAAAAUGUUUUGCUCUGACGUGUGUCUGUGUCACCUUCACUGUCCUCAUGGCAGGAGUUAUUAUGAACUGAAGAGCUUCAUCUUUCACACAGAUUUAACUGAAGAUCUUCGGCAGAGCCAUCAUUCUGACGGAGGCACACAUUCAGUUCAUUUUCAUGAGUACUGAGGGCAAUGGGGAACUCCUGGAAGAGAACCCCUCUCAUCAGAAUGAGGUCACCCCGGCCGACCCUGAACUCCACAGCCAUGUGUCUCCUGUACAGCAUGAGGAACCCAUCUCCACGUAUUUGGAGGAGAAGGUUCCCAUCCCCGAUGAUGAUGUCUCAAAGAUAUUUAGCUUUCGUAAACUUUGGGCCUUCACUGGACCAGGCUUUCUGAUGAGCAUUGCCUAUCUGGACCCUGGAAACAUAGAGUCAGAUCUGCAGUCUGGAGCUAAAGCCGGUUACAAGCUGCUCUGGGUGCUCUUGGGGGCGACUAUCAUUGGUCUUUUAUUGCAGCGACUGGCUGCUCGUCUUGGCGUUGUGACCGGGAUGCACCUGGCUGAAGUUUGCAACCAAUAUUAUCCUACAACGCCGCGUAUCAUUUUGUGGCUGAUGGUAGAGCUGGCCAUCAUCGGCUCUGAUAUGCAGGAGGUCAUCGGCUGUGCCAUCGCCCUUAACCUGCUGUCUGUCGGAAGGAUUCCACUGUGGGCUGGAGUGCUGAUAACCAUCGUUGACACAUUUGUGUUCCUGUUUUUGGACAAAUACGGCCUAAGGAAACUUGAGGCUUUCUUUGGGUUCCUCAUAACUGUAAUGGCUCUCAGCUUUGGCUAUGAGUAUGUGCGGGUGGGUCCUGACCAGGGCGAGGUUCUGAAGGGCAUGUUUGUGCCGUACUGUAGCGGCUGUGGGCCUGUGCAGCUUCAACAGGCUGUUGGCAUAGUUGGAGCGGUUAUCAUGCCUCAUAACAUCUAUCUGCACUCUGCUCUUGUAAAGUCACGGGAAAUUAACCGAGCCAACAAGAAAGAGGUGAAGGAAGCUAACAAGUACUUCUUCAUUGAGGCCUCGAUCGCUCUCUUUAUCUCAUUUCUCAUCAAUGUUUUUGUGGUGGCCGUCUUCGCUGAGGCAUUUUAUGGAAAGACCAACAUGCAAGUGAGUCAGACAUGUAAUGAAACCGGAAGCCCUCACACCGAUCUCUUCCCACUCAACAACGAAACACUUCAAGUGGACAUCUACAAAGGGGGUAUAGUCCUGGGCUGUUUUUUUGGCCCAGUUGCGCUGUAUAUUUGGGCCAUUGGCAUCCUUGCAGCUGGACAGAGUUCAACCAUGACAGGAACGUACUCCGGUCAGUUCGUCAUGGAGGGUUUUCUAAACCUCCGCUGGUCUCGAUUUGCUCGGGUGCUGUUGACACGCUCCAUUGCUAUCUUGCCUACUCUUCUGGUUGCCAUCUUUGAGGACAUCCAACAUUUAACUGGCAUGAAUGAUUUCCUCAAUGUCCUACAGAGCAUGCAGUUACCAUUUGCUCUGAUCCCGAUUCUUACCUUCACCAGUCUGAAGUCACUAAUGAAUGAUUUCUCCAAUGGAAUUGUGUGGAAGAUUGGUGGUGGUCUGGUCAUCCUGGUGGUGUGUGCUAUCAACAUGUACUUUGUGGUGGUGUAUGUGACCGCAUUGAACAGCACCGUCCUCUACGUCUUCUCUGCAUUCCUCUCCAUCGCCUAUCUGAGCUUUGUUUUCUACCUGCUUUGGCAUUGUUUGAUUGUACUCGGUGCAUCCUUUCUGGACGUCUGCAGCUGCUUUCAGCACCCACCAGCCAUUCUCGUUGAAGAACAAGAGUUUGAAACGUGACUUCAUUGAUAUUUCUAAAAUGAUGCUAUCUACGAAUGUGAGGAACCACCUUGAUACAAACGCAAUACAGUCAAACUUGUUUAGUUUGUUCUUUUCUCUGUUUUCUGGGUUUUUCAUAUUGCAACCCAAUAUCACAACUUCCACAUCAACUUUAACAACACCAUGUUUAUUGAUUUAUUUUAAUCAGACAUCGUAUUUUGUGUAUGUUUAUUAUUUUGUACACACAAUUUCAACGUAUUUGAGCACGUAACCCAACACGACCCUUAAACAGUUUGUAUAUUAUACAAUAUAAAACACAUAACAGGAAGAUGUGCUGUUUAUUCAAAAAGUGCAAGUAUUCCAAGGACCCUUUCCGUCCGCCAAAAAAAAGAUUUGAUUGAAGUGUAGUGUGUACAAUUAAAAUGUGAAAUCCCAGAGAAACUUAAUAAUUAAACCAUAUGGAAGUUUUAGAUCAAAUUGACUCAUCGGAUUAAUCAAGUCGGCUCCGAGUCCCCGCUUGUGGUCCUAUCCCAGUCUCCUGAUCCCCUCUCUCUCAUCCUGCAAUUUCUUGUCUCUCUCUCUCUACUAUACUGUCAAGACAAAAACUUAUGAAGACCAAAAAAUAAUAAUAAACUGAUGAAGCAUUAGUUCAGAUAAUGUUGUUUAACACACUUAUGUUUUUACUAACUGGUUGUUAUAUUGUUGACUUGAACUUUUUUAAUCCAAAUUCAAUUGUAAACCAAAAUACUUCGAGAAUCGUGAGCAUUUAUUUUAUUAAAGUGCUUUCCAUAUUGGAACCCUA